GUAUAGGAACUUGCACUGUCAGUACAGUCAAAUCAUAUCCAAAUACAUGACCUUACCACUAGGGUAAUAUAUUCUACAGCAAUAUGGCAUCUUGUUGUGUGACACUGUGACUAUGAUCUAGUUCCUAUCCGUAUAUAGCAUCUAUCGCUAUCAAUUUGAACGACCACACUGAUUUAGCUAAUUCAUAUACUGAAAAUGAACAAGGUACGUCUGUGUUAGACGGGAACUCGUUACAACGGAUGGCAGCACCUCUCUAAUUACACGGCUACAACACUUUGGCCUCUCUACUACCGACCGAAUGAGCGAUCAUAUUCUCACUGUAAGGCAAAUAGAACAUACUCCAAUUACGUCAUUUUACAGCGACAUACCGGAAGUUAACUUGUUUCCACGUGGAAGAGAGUGAACAUUUUAACCUCUAAACUAUAAUCUAUAAAAUGGGCAAGAAGGGUAAAGUUGGAAAAAGUCGCAAGGAUAAAUUUUAUCAUUUAGCGAAAGAGACAGGGUAUCGCUCACGAUCUGCUUUUAAGUUGAUUCAGCUGAACAGAAAGUUUCAGUUCCUGCAGAGAGCACGUGCUCUUGUGGAUCUUUGUGCUGCACCUGGAGGAUGGCUUCAAGUUGCUUCAAAAUUUAUGCCAUUGUCCAGUCUUAUUAUAGGUGUGGACAUUGUGCCUAUUAAAUCAAUUCCCAAUGUGGUAACGUUGCAGCAAGAUAUAACCACAGAGGAAUGCAGGCAGGCUUUAAAAAAACAGUUACAGACAUGGAAAGCAGAUGUAGUUCUCAAUGAUGGAGCCCCCAAUGUGGGAGCCAACUGGACACACGAUGCUUUCUCACAAGUACACUUGUCUCUCAUGGCACUACGUGUGGCUUGUGACUGUCUUUCAAGAGGUGGCUGGUUCAUCACUAAGAUCUUUCGUUCAUCAGAUUAUCAGUCUCUUCUCUGGAUCCUGCAGCAGUUCUUCAAGAAAGUAAAUUCCACAAAGCCACAAGCAUCUCGUAGUGAAAGUGCUGAGAUCUUUGUUGUUUGCCAAGGUUUUCUUGCACCAGAUAAAAUAGACAACAAAUUCUUUGAUCCCAAAUUUGCAUUUAAAGAAGUGGAAGGUUCUGUGCAAACAGUUUCUCAACUGCUAUCUCAAAAAAAGCCUAAGGCAGAGGGAUAUGAUUCUAAUUCAAUAUCUCUGUAUCAUCGAGCAUCUCUAAUAGAUUUUCUCAAAUGUGACAAUCCUGUGGAUUUUUUAGCAAAGACAAGUGAGAUUGUUCUGGAUAACACAGAGUUAGAGAAAUAUCCUGCUACAAGCAAUGACAUUCGUGAAUGCUGCAAAGACAUAAAAGUGCUUGGACGCAAAGAGCUCAGGUCUCUUCUGAGCUGGCGCUCAAAACUGCGAAGGCACCUUGCCAAAAAGCUGAAGGAAUCCAAAGAACAAGGAGGAGAUAUUGAACUUAGUUCUGGGGAAGAAGAAGAAGAAAAAGAGGGCUCUGUGGGUGAAAAGGAGAAGCCUUCAGAAGAUGAAGAAGAGGUUCUUGACAAGAAGCUUGCUGAGAUGAAAGCUGAAGAACUAGCAAAACUUAAGAGGCAGAAGAAGAAGUUGCUGAAGGUUCAGCGUCGGCAGAGAGAGCGCGUGGAACUGAAAAUGGAUCUACCAGGGGUAUCUAUCGCUGAUGAAGGAGAGACUGGCAUGUUCUCAUUGCGCAGCAUUGGCAAGAGUGAGCUGUUGCAGACAAUCUCCCAUGGUGACAUGUCUGUUGCAGACUCUAUGUUAUCAGAUAUAGCCCACAAUGAUGGAGAAAUUGUUAUUUCUGGAGAUGAGGAGGAUGAGAUUUCGCUUGCCAGUGACCUUGAUGACGACGAUUUGGAGGAGGUGCGAAAACAAGAGCAGAAGUCAGAGUCCAAGAGGGUGCCUCAAAAAGAGGACAUAUCUCAGGAAGAUGAGGAGUUGUCAAAUCCACUGCUUGUUCCCUUAGAGGAGGCAUCAGAGCAUCAGCAAAGAAAUACCAACUUAUGGUUUGGGAAGGGUGUAUUUUCUUGUAUGGAUUUUGAUGCUGAUGAAGAUCUGGAGAUUAAACAGACACAGAUUUUACAGGAGAACAAGAGAGAAGAGAAGACACCUAAGUCAAAAGACAGAAAAAAAAUGAAAACUUCCGAAAUUUCUGAUGUUGCACAUGAAAACUCUGAACCCAAAACAACUAGUGAUGGGGCAAAGGUUGCGGUGGCAUCCAAUUCUGGGGAUAUGACAACAAAAAUGGCUGAAGAGUCUCCCAGCAGCUUAGAUAGCGACAGCAGUGAGGAUGAGACGGAUAUUAGGUCCAUGAAGAAGGGUCUGAGAAAAAAAAAAAAGCAAGAGAAGGAAGAAACAGAUGGUUUUGAAGUGGUUUCAAUAGAGCGCCCAGUAAAGCGAUCCCGUAUACUGGAUGCAGAAGGCCUGGCCCUUGGGACAGUUAUUGCUACCUCCAAGAAAGCUACAAGAGAUCUUAUUGAUAGUUCCUUUGGCAGGUAUGCCUUCAAUGAUGAUGAAGAAGAGCUUCCUGACUGGUUUGUUUCAGAGGAAAAAAAGCACCGUAUCCUUCAACUUCCUGUAGAUCGUCAAACUGUUGCGGAAUAUCGCAUGCGCCAGAGAGAACUUAAUGCCCGUCCUAUUAAGAAAGUGGCAGAGGCAAAAGCCAGAAAAAGAAGAAGGAUGCUGAAGAAGAUGGAACAAGCCAAAAAGAAGGCUGAAGCAGUGGUAAAUACAGUUGAUAUUACUGAAAAGGAGAAAGUUGCUCAACUGCGAAGUGUAUAUAAGAAAGCUGGUCUUGGAAAAGAAAAGAGACAAGUCACAUAUGUAGUGGCUAAGAAAGGUGCUGGGCGAAAAGUUUCCAGGCCAGCUGGAAUUAAAGGUCAUUUCAAAGUUGUGGAUGGGAGAAUGAAAAAAGACAGAAGAGGUCAAAAGUCGAAGAGAUAACUGAAAUUUACCUGCUGUUAUGUUGCUACAUCUUUGUCUGUAUCCACAAUCAAACUAAACAAUAUUGGACCCAACACCAAAAGGCACUGUGUUUCUUCUAUCUGCGGCCAUGUAAAUAAACAAAUUCCAAAACCAGAACUUCAUACAUUUCUUCAGGGUCAUAAAAUGUAUUCCUUUAUUUUCCUGGCUUUGUUAAAGGAGCAUUGCCAUGUAAAAUGAUAUGUCCAUGUGCACACAGCAUGAUAAAUAAAGUAUGCUGUAUAUGUUCUUUUUAAAAUGUUCUGUACCUGCAUUAUUCCUGAACGCCUCUUACAAUUACUAACCUAAUCGUGAUGUUGUAAGGCCACCUGUUAACAUCUAGUGGCUCAGAGAAUGUUCUCUAGCUCAAAUAUAGAUUCAUCAAAAACAAUCAACUGGUAUGUCCUAGUUACAGUCCCAUGUUGUAAAUAUAAUUAUGUGAGUACGUAAUUGGCUAAGACUACAUUUGAUUGGAUGCACACUGUUCACCAUAAAUAUAAAUAAUAGUGGUUUAAGUUUGAUGUCUUUAGAUGUAAUAUGUAGGAGGUUCUUAACUAAAGUACAAAUAUCUUCUAUGAGAAAAAAACAAAACGAUUUUCAAUGUUGUUUAAUGGAAUUUACUACCCACUUAAUGGGAUAGGAAAAUCAAAAUUAAACUUACAUGAUUCAGCUCAAACAUCUAAUUUUAAGACACAAAUUCACUUGUGUUUUCUAAUUUACCUUGUCCUUUUAAUAUCCUUUGUUGAAACAUAAUUUGUGCAUAUCCUACACUACUGGGAAUUAGCUGACUAUGUCUAUACAUUUGUCUCUGGUCAUUGAUCUUUUCAGCUAGCGUCCAGUAGUGCAUUGCUUCUUUGGACCUGACUAACUGUUUAAAUCUUUUUGCAGGGGUUAAACACACAGUUAUAUACAAGCAAUAGUGUGUAAUAAAAUUUUCUAAUAUAGAGCA